AUAGUGUUUGGGUACAUAAAAGCCAGAACGUAGUUUUCCAAUCUCCUUUCUUUUUCUUCCACCGUUAAAAAAAGAAGAGAGAAAAAAAACCCCAAUCAACCAGACACUCUUGCAUGGCAGAGUCCAAAACCCUCAUUUCCUCCGAUAUCUCGACAGAUUUGAGCCCUUGAUCUCCACACGAGGCCACAGAAUCCGACGAUCGUCGAUGUUGCGCGUUGCUGCCGCUUGAUUUCGGGCGUUGAUUUAGCCGGGAAAUGAACGGCGGGGGAGACGAAGGCGCUGCCGCGUCGGCGGUCCCGCUGCCAGCUCUCGAGUGGAAAUUCUCUCAGGUCUUCGGUGAACGGACUGCAGGGGAGGAGGUCCAAGAAGAUGAUUGCAAACUGAAGAAGAGCUUGGUGGAUUCAAACUUGGAGAUGUUGGUGGACUUGGUGAACGCGACUCACCACACAGUUGAUAUAAUAUCAGCAAUUGAGUUUGAUAAGAGCGGAGACCAUCUUGCUACUGGAGACCGAGGAGGCCGAGUGGUUUUAUUUGAAAGGACGGAUGUGAGAGAUCAUGGAUCUCGUAGAGAUCUAGAAAGGCUGGAUUAUUCAAUUGGGAGGCAUCCUGAGUUCCGCUACAAAACAGAGUUUCAAAGCCAUGAACCUGAGUUUGAUUAUCUUAAAAGCUUGGAAAUUGAGGAGAAGAUCAACAAGAUCAGAUGGUGCCAGACGGCGAAUGGUGCCCUGUUUCUUCUCUCUACUAAUGACAAAACAAUUAAGUACUGGAAGGUGCAAGAAAAGAAGGUGAAGAAAGUUUGUGAAAUGAAUUUGGACCCAUCACAAAUUGCAGGCAAUGGUAACAUUGCAAGUUCUAGUAUAUCAAAUAGCCCCAGAAAGCAUCUCCCAAAUGGUGGAUGUUCAGAAAGGUCCAACAAUUAUCCAGGCAACGACUUUUUAUUCCCCCCUGGCGGGAUUCCAUCAUUACGUUUACCAGUGGUAGUAUCCAGCCAGGAAACGAACCUCGUUGCAAGAUGUCGAAGAAUUUAUGCUCAUGCUCAUGACUAUCACAUCAAUUCCAUCUCAAAUAACAGUGAUGGUGAGACUUUUAUAUCUGCCGACGAUCUUCGAAUAAAUCUUUGGAACUUAGAAAUAAGCAGCCAGAGUUUCAAUAUUGUUGAUGUCAAGCCUGCAAACAUGGAGGAUCUGACUGAGGUGAUAACUUCUGCAGAGUUCCACCCUACUCACUGUAAUAUGCUAGCAUAUAGUAGCUCAAAAGGGUCAAUACGGCUUAUCGACCUGCGGCAAUCUGCAUUAUGUGAUACUCAUUCCAAAUUGUUUGAGGAGCAGGAGGCUCCUGGUUCAAGGUCAUUCUUUACGGAGAUUAUUGCCUCAAUAUCAGAUAUUAAGUUUUCGAAGGACGGACGACACAUCCUUAGUCGUGAUUACAUGACUCUUAAGCUAUGGGAUAUAAAUAUGGAUUCUGCUCCUGUUGCAACUUUCCAGGUUCAUGAAUAUCUGAGGCCAAAGCUCUGUGAUUUGUAUGAAAAUGACUCUAUCUUUGACAAGUUUGAGUGCUGUCUGAGUGGAGAUGGACUCCGUGUAGCUACCGGUUCAUACAGCAAUCUGUUCCGUGUGUUCGGCUGCGCUUCUGGGAGCAAUGAGGCAACGACUUUGGAAGCCAGCAAAAAUCCUAUGAGGAGACAAGUGCAGACCCCUCCAAGGCCGGCAAGAUCUCUGAGCAGCCUAACACGCGUUGUAAGACGAGGAGCUGAAAGCCCUGGCGUCGACGCAAAUGGAAAUGCUUUCGAUUUCACAAUGAAGUUGCUCCACCUAGCAUGGCACCCAACUGAAAAUUCAAUCGCAUGCGCUGCUGCAAACAGCCUGUACAUGUAUUAUGCAUGAAACGUUCUCGGAAGAAAUGUGCCACUCGGCUAUUUUUUUUUUGGACGGCUGUUGGUGAAGGCCGCUGCUUUUCCUGCAACCAUCAAAGAUGGAGACCGCAAUUCCUCUGAGCCCCAGCAUCCCCUUUUUUAAGUUGUAGUGCAUCCCCAGAUCGUAAUGCAGAAGAGGCUGUCGGUAUCCACGAGGAAGUAAAAACUAUCUUUCGUUCCCGGGCAGGCAGCUCAAUUCUGAUUCAUUUUUAGAAAAGAUUCCCCUCUUUUCUGUGUUGCGUUUAGGUCCGAAAAGCACAAUUGUAGCACUCCUGCAAUCGAAUGAUGGCUGUAUUGAUGCAAUUACUGGGUUUUGGUCCAUCCAAGGGUCGUUGACUUGAAUGCAAAAAAAGGUUUCUUUCUGCAUUACAUGGAUCUCAUCAUCAGCUGGUCAUGGAGCUUUGUUUUGUCAGACCUGCUCAUUGAGCAUUUGUGAAUGUUUAUCAUGAUUAUUUUAAUUUUCUGCGCUAACCUUUACAUCUUCUGUUCGCAGAGCUGCCAGAGCCUGAUAGACGGUCUGGGGCUAGGUGAAGUUCGUAGGCAGGUGUUAUUCGUCGUACUUUUAGGAUGGAUUAUGUUUCUCUUACAAGUACAAUUUGUAUAUUUCUGAGUUGGGGAUAAAAGAAUGGUUUUGAAAAUAAGGCUUUUUGUGGCAGUCUUAGAUGCA